GAGAAUGGUUUUUUUUCUUUAUCGUGUUCUUCUGUUAAUUUUCAUCGUUUUUUUCUGUGAGAUAAAGCUCUCGCACUGAGUUCUUUACUUCAUAUGCAGCUCUGAGACAAAUAAAGCUCUGGCAGCUGGAGGGGAAUAUUGCUUUAUUUUGACACUUCCUAUCCAGAAGAUAAAGAAAUUAAGUGAUUGAAAGUCAUCAUUUUACAAGAUUAAAAACAUGGCGUCGACGACUUCAGACUAUGACUACUUUACGCAUGUAGAUGGCGACCUCUGCAUCUUUGAACCGAGCCCCACGGAGGUCAUCACCCAAACAUACGUCCACUCCAUCAUCUGUGCCUUCGGACUGAUUGGAAACGUCCUGGUGAUCGUCACCUACAUGUUCUACAAGAGAGCCAAGACCAUGACGGACGUCUACCUCUACAACGUGGCCGUGGCGGACCUGAUCUUUGUGGUGGCCCUGCCAUUUAUCAGCUACAACGAGCAGCACAGCUGGCUAAUGGGCUCUGUGGCCUGCAAGAUACUGAGGUCGGCCUACAGCAUCAACCUCUACAGUGGCAUGCUCCUGCUCGCCUGCAUCAGUGGCGAUCGUUACAUUGCAAUAGUUCAGGCCAGAAGAUCCUUUGGCACCCGCUCACACACUCUGAUCUACGGCCGCCUCAUCUGCUCUGCUGUUUGGGUGUCUGCUGUGGCCCUGACGCUGCCCACACUCCUCUACACCCAGCGCAGUGAAGAGCCGAACAUGGGGUCUGAGGGCGUCACCGUGACGUGUCAGCUGUCUUUCAGCAGGAAUGAGACAGCGAAGCUGAUGAAGGUGGUGGUUCCCAGCCUCCAAAUGGCCGUCGGCUUCCUGCUGCCUCUGGUGGUGAUGGUGUUCUGCUACUCCAGCAUCAUGUGCACCUUGCUGAGGGCACAGAACAGCCAGAAGCACAAGGCUGUGCGUGUGGUUUUGGCAGUCGUGGUGGUUUUCAUCGUGUGCCACCUUCCCUACAACGUGACCCUGCUCACACACACCCUGUCUCUGUUUAAGGUGAGAAGUUGUGUGGUGGAAAAGAUUAAUCUCAGCGUUCUGGACGUCUCCAGGGUCGUAGCCUACCUCCACUGCUGUCUGAAUCCCAUCCUCUACGCCUUCAUCGGGGUGAAGUUCAGGAGCCACUUCAGGCAAAUAGUGGUGGAUCUCUGGUGCUUCAGCAAAAAGUACAUCUACUCUGCUCGCUCGUCACCCGGAACCUCUGAUAUUUGCACCUCGGGUCUCAAGUCUUCCGAGGCCUCUAACAACAUGUCAUCGUUCAGUGCAUGAUGCUGCGGCCUACAGUUAAUAAGCACUGCUGAUGCUACAGGAGCCUCUCGUCCAAGUUGCUACUGGGCUGUAAAUGUAUGAUAUGUAAAUAGACAUAAAAGCUUCUGUGCUACAUUUGUUGAAAAAAAGUAACAUUCAGGAUAUUUGAAAAUUCUGAAUAUGAUUAAAAGUGAAACUGCCAACUCACCUGGUAGUGCUGGAUUGAGUCCACCAGCAGGAGUCCUCUCGCCAUUUCACGUUUUAUUAUAACAAUUAUUAUAUCAUACAUAUUUUAUAUUUUCAUAAUAAACUGGCAUUUUUAUAUAUGUGCAGAAAAAGAAAUGCAUUGACUUGAAAAGCUGCUUAGUUACUGCCUGAUCUGAUUUUAAGAUUUAAUUUGAAGAACACAGUAGCUGAGCCACAGUUGGCCUUGUUGGAUGAUACUCUCCAGAGAGACAUUUUAACAAACAGUACAAGUUUUUUAAGCUUGUUAAUGGAAAGCGUUUUUAUCCUCAGAUAAUUUUUUAAUAAAAUGUACUUCUGGGUAAUUUGCAAAUAUCUCCAGUCCUCUCCUGGGUAGUGUUGGUUCCAUUUCCUCCAGUUCAACAAAGUAAAUCAUCUUGUAACAUUUAAGGAAAACAGCUCAUAAAGCAGUAAAUCUGUUAUUAAAAAUAUAUAUAAGAAAAGAAAAAAAAAGAAAUAAUAAUAAUUGAGUUGCACUUAUAUUGCAUGUAACACUUUGUAGUCUGGCUUUUGUGAAACAAAU